AUGAAUUUUUUUGCGGAUGAUAGCCAAUUUUCUGCUCUUUUUUGUUCAAUUUGUGGUCAUGAAAAUAGCAAAAUUCUCGGAAUCUGUUUAGAUAAAGGUUGCUCAAAAAGAAGACCUUAUUGUCUUGGAUGUAAAUAUUAAUAUCAUUAAAAACAUGAGGAUAAAUUAAAUGAUCUUAAUAAAUGGGUAAGUUAAAAUAUGAAAAACAAAGACUUAGAAGAUUUUUUAAAAUAACUAAAAGAAAUUGUAGAAUGUUUAUCAAAGUUUGUUAAUACUAAAUAAUAAGCAAAUGAAAAAUUUUAUUUCUAUUAAAUGAAUUAUACUACUUUAAAUAAUAGUGUAAAUAAAUUUUUAAAUCUUUAAGAGAAUGAGAGAAAAGUGAUUGAUAUUUUAUCAUAAAUGCUUAAAAAUGACAAUAAAAAAAAAUUAAUAGACUUAUGUUAGUUCUCAAUGUGUAAUUUAUUAUGAUUUAAAUUAGAAAAUGAUAUUUCCUAAAAUACAAAGAAAAAUUUGAAUAUAUAAUAAAAAAACCUUCCUGAAAAAAAGAUUUAUUAGGAAAAUGUAAGAUAUUAAAAUCUAAAUCCUACACCUAGAUAGCAAUAGAAAAUUUCAAGUUCUUUUGAUAGGAAUUCUAUUGAAUCGAAAAGUUAACGAAAAUUUUCACAAAUAACAAGUUCAACAUAAGUGACACCUAAAAAAUCUGAUAGGAGUUUGAAAGAUUAAAAUUAGAAUCAAGAUGUAAAUACUGAAAAAAAAUAAUAAAAUUUCAGCGCUCCGUCUAAAAGAGAGAGUAUUCAAAAUAGUUAGAGAAGAAUAGAAUAAUAAUAAGUAUAUUAAGCCAAAACAUGCACUUUUUAUUGAAUAUUUCUG